AUGGCGGACCGGCAGUCGGUGCAGCACAGCCUUAACAGCCUGCUCGCUAAGCUGGGCGACCCUGACCCGGAUAUGCGAUACAUGUCCCUAAAUGAUCUACUUGGCAUACUAAAUAAUCCUAAUUCCACCUAUCUGGCUCAUGACCAAGUCUCCUCAUCAAGGCUUGCUGAGGGCUUAUUGAAGGCCUUAGAUGACCAACACGGCGAUGUCCAGAACCAAGCCCUGAAAUGUCUUGGCCCUCUUGUCCUUCGACUGCCCUUCGAAAGCCUUGCAUCUCUCCUCGAAAAGCUCACAAACCUGACAGCCUCGCAAACCAUUGACACAUCUGUUCCGAAUACUGCUCUGAGGUACAUUGUGACAGCUCUUCCUCGGCCCCAGGCGGGUCAGCCUCCAAGUCAGGAGGCGACAAUGGCAUAUUCGGCCGUCUCUCGCGUCCUCAUUCCCCGCUUGACUGGCCCGACCCCAUCCCCUACUAGUCGGCGAGGCUCGAUCGUCAAGGGCAUGUUGGAAAAGGAUCCAUCGAAGGGCUUCAGCAGUGAUGCUAUUGAUGUACUGAUCCAGGUUGUUACUUGCUUUGGUCCUCUGCUGAAAGAACCCGAAUUGACUGCCUUGCAAAACUCCGUCCUGUCCAUCGUUGACAACGAUACGGCUGGUACCGUGGUCACGAAAAGGGCUCUGACGGCCAUAUCUGCCCUCGUGCUCCAUUUCUCUGAUGCUCAACUUAGCGCUUUUGUCCAAGGACUGGUGCAAAGAUUCAACUCCCCACAACUUAGUACAGUCCAUCGGCGUCACCUCAUUGCCACCGUCGGUGGUGUAGCGAAAAGUGCCCCGGCCAAGUUUGGUCCUCAUCUUCCCACACUAGCCCCCUACGUCUUUGCUGCUGUUGGCGAGGAUAACUUAGCACAAGUAAGUUAG